GUUUGUAAACGCAUCGCUUGUUGCCAACUUCCCGUCAGUCAUUUUGUUCAGUGGCUGAUUUCUAUGGUCGACGAUAUCGUUAAAAAUCUUUAACAUCGGCGAGUAAUUUCCAAAGUGACAUUAUGAGUUCUGGAAUGCCUGAAUUGGGCUCCAAGAUAAGCCUAAUAUCUAAAGCAGACAUUCGCUACGAAGGCCGGCUUUUCACCGUUGAUCCUCAAGAAUGUACCAUCGCUUUGGCUAGCGUGCGUUCGUUUGGUACGGAGGAUCGUGAGACACAGUAUCCUGUGGCACCACAGAGCCAGGUGUAUGACUACAUCUUGUUCCGUGGCUCUGACAUCAAGGAUAUUCGAGUGCUAAACAAUGUCCCUUCCAUACCCAAUGACCCGGCUAUCAUGCAGAUGUCUGUGCCACCCACCCUGGGUGCGGGCAGUGCACCAGGCCAGUUCACGGGGCAAUACAAUCACCCUGUGGUCGGCCAGGCGCCUUACCCCCAGUACCACCCAAUGGCAGGAUUUCCCGGAGGUGUCCAUCAGCAAAUCAACAAGACCAGUGAGUUGUCUCCGCAAACCUCAGUGGAGCUGGCACCCCAGCCACCGCCUGUCACGGGUCCGAUUGGCUCUGGAGUGGCGCAUCACGCCAAUCAAGUGAAAGACCAAGGCUCAAUGCUUGAUCUUAUUGGAGGAGGAUCUCAGCAAAGUGCAUCGCGGUCAGGUACGCCGGCCGUGGGCGCGCAUAGGAAGAGCCCUACAGCAGACCAGGGCACGCAGGUCGGCUCUGUGGCUAGUGGAUCUAGCCAGCAGCGGGACAGCCGACGCGGCAGCAAUGGGCAGGCGCAGAAGGGGCCGGGAAAUCGCAACCGCACGAACUCGCGCAACCGACAGCGCUACCCCAGCGGCGGCGCCCCAUCCACGCACCAGCCGCAGCACCAGGGCCAGCAGCACUCGCAGCAACACGUGCAGCACACUCAACACAAUCAGCCCUCCGCCAACCAGCAGGCGCAUCACCAUCACCAAGCUGGUAACUUCUCUGGAGCCGGUCAGGGCUACAACCGUGGCGGUUGGAGAGGCCGACCCCGUGGCCGCGGCCGCGGUUUCGUACCACGCAACAAGAAUACGCUGAAGUUCGACAAGGACUAUGACUUCGAACAAGCUAACACUGAGUUUGAAGAGUUACGUAGCCAACUUGCCAAGACUAAGAUUUCUGAUGGCGAAGCAAAAGUUGAGGAGUCUGAAGUAAUUAUUAUAACGCAGGGUGAGGUUGACAAGAAGGAUGACUCUGGAAAUGAGACUGGUGCGGGUGAACCCGAAGUUGAUGAAGACCAGAAUGGUUACACAGGGUAUGACAAGAACAAGAGCUUCUUUGAUAACAUCUCCUGUGAGGCUGUUGAGAGGUCUAAGGGCAGGAGCCAGCGAACGGACUGGCGGACGGAGCGCAAGUUAAAUUCUGAGACUUUCGGCGUGGCCUCUGCGCGCAGGGGAGCGUGGCGUGGCCGUGGGGGCUGGCGCCAUCACAACCCCCAGCAUCAACAGUACGCUAACUACGUACACAGUUUCUCAGACGACGGUAGAUGGCGCGCGAUGCGCGGUGGUCCCCGUGGCGGCCCUCGCGGAGGCGGACGAGGCCCCCGGCCCGCGCCCGCACCCGUAGCGCAGGCCUCCACCACGCAACCGCAGCCGGCACCCACUGCGGCUAAGUAGGGUUUAUUGAAGAGCGUCCGCUACACCGAAAGAAUUUUUUAUCGCAGCAGGGACUAUUCAAAAAUGGAUAAGUGACGGAAAAGUGUUAGUUUGGUGAUAAAGUGUCUUGAUUUGAAAAGUAAUGUCUUGCGGGAAGUUAAAAUGUUGUGGAGAUUCAAGUUGAUGGACAUUGUUUUGGUGUGAUAGUGUUGUAUCCAAUAUAAUGGAAGGAUAAAGAUGGAAUUUCCCGUAACCGCGUGACAGAACAAAAUGUCGGUACACUGAGAAGGCUCACAGUUAGUUUAAUGUAAGUAUAGGAGUGUCGUGAGCGAUAACGCAAUUAGGCAAGAUGUUGGCAUCAACUAAAUUGAAUUGUAUAAUGUCACAAGUCGACCAAUAGCUGGAUGAUAUUAGGCUCUUUAUGUAAUUCAAACGAUGCCAAUGUCGUUGGUGAGUGAGAUAGAGGCCACUUGUAAAUUUCAGGGAGGCUGUGCAAUGAAAGAUUGCAUAUGACAUAUAUUUAUGCAAUGAAUUAUAAAUAUUUUCAUAAAGCUUACCUCCUCACCUGUAUGAUUAUUUGUGCCUAUUUAGUUGUAAACCAUAUAUUUAAAGUACUAAAACAGUCUGCUAUCACUCGAAUGGUCAUUGCGCCUCAACUUUAUUUAUUAACUCGCGAUGACAUGCGACAGUCUACGCAGCAGUCCUACUAAAAUGUUAGUAAAUUUAAAUGAGGAUAAAUUAGUUUAAUACCUGCUGGCCAGAUGUUUGAUGUGUAAUUAUAUAAAUCAUUGUGGGUUAGAGGCUGCCUCGGCAAGUUAUUAAAUGUAAAGUGUUUAUUGACUGUCGUUCAUUUGUAGUUAGUACUAAAUAAAUGUGAUAGAUGGACUGCUGCCACAUUGUAUGUAGAUGACGUGUUGGUGGCUGGCCUGUCCGGGGCGGCUUGCUCCUCUACUCAACCUGCAUCAACACGUGAAAUAGUAAAGUCUAUGUUUAUUCAAAUUAAUAAAAUUUUUGUGAAACUUUGUUCUCGAAAAGGACUAUCUUAUUUUCUUGUACUUUAUUUGGAAUCAUCAAUUUUAACCAAUGUGUGUUCAUAUUGGCAGGUCCUUUUCAUGCAUAAAAUCCUAAAUAAACUUUGACAAAAAUAUUUGUAAAAAUCUGUAACUCAAAAGCUGUACCUGGUGAUUGUAUCAAUAUAAAAAUAUAACUUU